CACACAAGAGAGCAGGAAAUAUGGAGAGGAUGAGCAGCUGGCCUAAAAUAGCACAAUUUCCAGCCCUGUCUACAGCGGCCAAGAAUUUUCUACUUAAAGAAAAACAAUACUUGCGGUAUAUGUGUCUGGUUUACUGUCAGUCAAGGCCUCAGAGCCCUUUGGAUUUAAUGGUGCUCCUGUUACUUUGUAUCACCACUGCCCUCUUGACCAGUGGUGUGUUGCUCAUCUGGCUACUCAACAGUUUACAGGUAGAUCACCAGGUAGCUGGCAUCAUCACAGGGGCCUGUGGCUCCCUGCUGUUUCUACUUUUGCUCUUAGUUCACCCUUUCCGCUGUGUCUUUACACUAAUGAUACCGACUCUUGGCACCAAGCACUGUUAUCAAUCUAUAAAGUCAGUCUUAUUAAUGCUGAUAGUGUUAAAAGUAUUGUCUGUCAUUGCGGCCAACAUCAGUGGACUGUUGUAUUUACUGAAAUGCAACUCCCUUACCUACACUGAGAGCCUCAUGAACUCCACAGAAGUUCUCAGGAAUGAAAUACACAAGAUAAAUAAUGAUUUAACAAAAAUAAUGCCGAAAAACUUGUUCAGAACACAUUUCUCUUAUGCUGACAUUGUCUCCUCCAUUAAUCUCACAGCAGUGAAUGAGAAAGUUAACAACGUGGAUGAAAAGAUUAGACAGGACAUCUCUUUGGCCAAGUCGCUUUUUCAGAAAGUCAGCUUGAAUGCCAAACGUGUCUUCUCAGUCUUUUUUGCAUUUUACCCAUUCAUUAAAACAUCCUUCUUCCUGAAAAAUUACCUGCAUGAGAAAAAAUAUCUAGAAAAUGAAGGCAGAGUGAGCAAAAUAGCCAUCAGUCUCAAACCAGACAAGCCCAGAAAGCCAUGGUGCUGCAAAGUCUCUCCACAGCAAGCCUUUGGUGUUCUGACCACAGCCGCAACUAUCACCCUAAGUUUCCUGCCGGUGACCUGUGUUGUUAUCAUGGAUCAUAUCAUCUACCAUGUCACCGCUGUUAUUACACAUGUGAUGUCUGACUUUCCAAGUCUUCCUGUGACAUUGACUGUGACGCUGAAGGAACAAAUAUCAAUACCAAUGAUUAUCCACUUGCCAUCUACCACCCACAUGAAGUCAAUCACUUGGAACUUCACUGUCACAUCCCCGAGCUGUAUAGUAAGCCCAUCAGAGCCCGACGCUACUGUUCCUGUGCUCCUUGUCCUCCUCUACAUCAUUGCUUGUCUUGUUACAACAUUGGAAGUUUUCAUUUCACGCUUGCAUAAUAAAAUUGUUGCUUCAUUUUUCACAUGAAAAGAAGAAAAGUGAACUCCAGUAAGGCAAAAUGAAUAAUGCAGCUGAAAAGAAAGCAAAUGCAUUCCUGUUCCUGUUUGUGUCUUAGAAGACAAGAGUCACAGAUCUUCGUUUAUGAGUUCACACAAAUGGCCGGGUUUUGUGUUUCUGGACAUUUCCAGUAUAGAAGCCUAUAGGUGAUGCUGGUCUAUUCAACCUUUACUAAAAGGUACGAUAUACAGUAAAGCACAAAAUGACUGAGUGAAGAAACUGAUCAAUCAGCACAGGAUCUGUUCUCUGUGUUAUUUGUCUCAUGCUCUUACCUUGCCAUCAAUUCCUAAGAUGUAUCACUGAUUCACUGUGCUGUCCUUGGAAAAAAAAACAAUAAUGUCUAUUGGAUUGUCUUUUCAUUCAAGGCCUUUUUAGAUCAUUGGCUUCCAACGUGCCCUUUAUUCUGAAGAUGUAUUUGUGUCGCCUACCAUGAAUGUGCCAAUGCAUGUCCACCUUACUGUGAGCUUCUGAUUGUAACUCACCCACCUCAUGAAUCGAGCAUUGUUGGUCCUUCACUGUAGUCUGCUGACACCACACAUGUGACAGCAUGUCAUUCACCGGUAAUUGCUAAUUAGGUCUUUCAGAAUGCUUACCUGAAGAGAAUUCUCAUCAUUAGUUUGCUAGUCGAUCUAAAUGUCAGUUUCUAAAGGAAAACACGCUCUAACUUUCUCUAGAGCUGCAAGGAAAGAUGUUACAAGAACCCUUACUUCACUGUGGAGCUCGACAUGGAUCAUCACUGUUAUGCGUCUGCCAGACUGGGUUCCCUGACCUACGUUUGUAUUUCUUUUUGAUGUCUUGCUGGUCUAGUCUAAAGUGUAAUUAUUCAUUUUAUAUUAAUAGUGUUCCAUUUAUGUAUUAUGUUUCUAUGUGUAAAACUAUGUUAUCCUAUGUACCUUGUGUUUUGUGGGUGGUACCCUGUGAAGUGGGGCCACCCUGACAUCACCAUCCCUGAACCGCCCCCUGACUCUUUUGGUCAGAGUGCAGGAAGUUCAGGUCAGCGGUACAUUGACCUCAGAGUAUUCAUUGUGUGUUAUCUUUGUCUUCUUAUUGAUUUUUUAUGCUUUGUUGAAUUUUUGUCUGUUCCUGAAUUCUUUUGUAUUAUGUUUUGGACCAGUUUACUGUUUUGGAAAAUCAUUUUGCGUUCUUUGAGUCUUUUGUGAGAUUUUUUAAUUUAUUUGUAAAGAAUUCUUUGAUGGACUCUCUCUUCAACCAAAGGUUCUUCAUGAUUUCUAUUGCUAAUGCUUUGAUAUUUUAGGGCAUUUAAGUUUAUGUCCUUGGCUUAAAACAUUUUGAAUGUGCAAAGACUAAAGCAGGCCAGUGCAGCCUGGAUUAAGUCCAUUGGAGUAAUGCCUUAUUCUUCACUUCACUGUCUCAUAACCCUUUAUUGUUAUGGUCCUAAGGAAAUUCACUAUGGUGGCCACCCAACUGGAUGUUUCUUAGCUUGCCAUUUUGUUUGUUACCACUGAGACCGCUCCGUGGCUCCUUGUAAUGAGCAUUUUGUCCACAGGAGGCAACUGGGGGACCUAACUGGAUCUGAGUGACCUGAAUCCUUCUUCCAUAAAUGCUUUCUUCUUAUGCUUUUAUCUGAGCAGAGUGUUUCCAGAUGUCAGUCUCAUGUGACUAUGUAGUAGUCAGUUUUCUAGCUUUUUUGAGGCUUUUAGCAUUUUGUGAUUAUAAGAAUGUCUUUUUAGUCUUGCUCCUUCUGAAUCACUGGGGUAAGAAAUGCUCCACAUAUGACAUCUUGUUCGACUUGUCUUAAUGUCUAGUUAUGCAAGAUGUCAAGCUGUUUGGGGGGGUCUCUCUUAUUUUUGGCCCUCUUUUCCUGAAAAACCCUAAUGUUUAGGCUUGUGUUGUGCAGAAAAUUGCACAUUUAUGAUAAAGAGUAAACCAGAAAAAAAUUAUCAAAAGGACUUGAACUUGUAUGUGCCAUAUCAGCUAAACCCAGGGGUUUGCCUUCUAAUGGGAUACAAGGGAUCAAAGUUACUUCUAUUCAAAAAACUUUAAAAAAAGGGUAUUGGUAGUUUAGACUUGGUGUUAGAUUUUUUUUUUUUGUUUGUCUGUUCAUUUACUGACAAUCUUACUUUCUCUUCAGGGAACAAAGACAUCCACAAAAAUGACUGGGGUGGAUAUGGGGGCUCGGUGGUGGUUGUGGGAGGGGGGUCAUUCAAUAUCCAGGUGUGAUGAUCUGAGUCUGAAUUUGACAUCCUUGUGACCAUUUUUCCUUUGUGAAUUGGAAGCAUGAUAGUACUGUAAGCCACUUCUACUGAUUAAUUAUUAAUCACCAUAUUGUUACAUUUUUGCACUGUGUUUUGCAAUUUGUUGCAUUUGUCCUUUUAUUUUAAAUAAAGCACUUUGCUGUGCUUUAUAUUCUAUCCCAUUGCUGUUAGUUUAUAGACCGCAUAGUUUCAACUUACAGAAGUGAGGGUUCUUCUUAUAGUCACCCAUAUGGUUUCUCCCUAAAGGCUAGUGCUGCAACCAGUAAGCUUGUUGAAGAUUGUGUGCCUCCUUGUACCUGCCCAAAUUUAAUUAAACCUUUCUCUCCAUAUCAUUAGGAUUUAGUUUUUAACUUUGACUUCCCUGUUGGCCAUAUCAACUGUAAACAUUCCAUAUUGGCUUACAAACAAUAAAAGUUUUGUCUGAUUUAUGCAAGCUUUUGAACUCCUAUAAGUCACGCCUCAUUAUCAGUGGUGAUAUUGCUUGACUAAUGCUACAUUGUUCUACAAAGCUUUAACUUAGCAAAUGUAUUAAAAGCAAGCCAGGAUUAAGGUGUCUUAGCAGCACCACAAAGAGUUUAAUGGCAUGUGAUAUUCCACAGUUGGCUGUGCAGAUUCUCCAUUGUUUCAUUAAACAGGUGUGGCUUUGGUCAUUUCCAUGCACAGAGACUCAAUUGUUUCAUCAUGUGGGGUGGAGGGGUGUUGGUGAAAAGGCCCCUUGCCAUCACAGGACCCUGGGUGUAAACCCAAAACACCCCAAUUGUAGAUCCUCCCCUGAAUAAAAUAUCUAGAAUGUAUUAUUGUAAGAUUGUAUGCCCCAGGAGUGGUAUUAGAAACUUUGCGUCUUUAAAGCAGAGAGGUUUGGGAGUAAUACAACACAAUACAAUGGGAGAGC